AUGUCAGAAAACGCAUCUGAUAUAUCUGAUAUCGCUUCAAAUUCCGGUCUUACGACAAAAGCCAAGGUAAGUAUACCACCCGUAUCUCAUACCGAAACGGUUUUAUCGGAAACAGAGAUAAACACAUCAUCUGCAUCUCAACCCGGGAAGGAUUUAUCAAAAGCAGAGAUUCUAACUUGGGACGUUAAUGAUAAUGGCGAUUUUGACGUGAACCAGCUUCCAGAUGAGAAUUUCUCUGAUGAUGAUGAUAAGGAUUCCUUCAAUAACGAAGAUGAUGGGAGCUUCUGUGGUUUUUCUGAUGACGAUGAUGAAGGUUAUUAUUAUGAUUUAAAUACCGGUGAAACAUACAAAAUCGGACCGUUCAAUCAGUCAUUUUAUACCGGUACUGCAAAUACCAGUUUUAGUAGUGUUGGUUCAACAAGAAGGACAAGUAUAAGCGUAAGUACAAGCGCAAGCUCUGUAGCCACUGCGGAUAGUACUGAUGCGGUUCCAAGAAGAAUGCCAGACUGUAACUAUUACCGAAACUUGUGGUGGGAUAAGGGAGAAUUUAAUGAAAAAGCGAAAUGGGAAGAAGUAGCUUUGCCGUAUGUACUUGCUACGGGCAUCACCAUAGAAGAAUAUGAACAACGUACAGAAAAGUUUUCCAUUCAUGGAUGUUGGGAAUGGUCGAAUAGAGAAGUCAUAAUCUAUGAAUUUCCUUCUACACCGCAUGAAGUUUGUAUCGUAGCAGUCGUUAAGAUGAUAAUUAAAAGUUGCGGUAAUGCUGACGGAACAAAUGCAGAAAUACUUGGUUUUGGUUCUACUCGAACACGCGACAUAAACCGUGGAAAAGAAGCCGACGCAUCAUUUCGCCCGGAAAAACCAGCUGUAACUCUACCAAAUGGGAGCGAUAGAAAUAAUUUUCCUUGGCCAAAUUUAGUUAUAGAGGUGGCUUAUACCGAAACAUUAGAUCACGUCGAAGAAGCGUUGCGCUACUGGUUAAGUCCUGGUCGCGCCCAUGAUUGUAUUAUUGUAAAAAUUGAUCCAGUUCCCCAAGGCCAAGACCGGCUUGGCAUUACUGUGUCUCAGCAGCGAGAUCGAAGUAAAGUGGGAUUCUAG